GUUGACUGCCGAGCUGCUUUCGUCGAUGAAUGCAUUAUCUUCAGGUCGAGUGCGGUUCAUUUGAAGUGCUCAUCAUGGAAGAAUACAACACAUUCUCUGCAGAGGCAUAUGCGCAGACAUUACCAUCCAGAUGUCCAAGAAUUUCAGUGUAGUAAUGAUCGGCGGAGGAACUAGGGGUUGUUCAAGCGCCCUUCAUUUGGCCGAUGCCCUAUAUCUUUUGGUAAAGAUGUCCACAAGACUGUCGAGCAAGCUAUGCUCAUUUAGCGAUGGCGAUGAUGAGGCGGUAGUUCGGGCUCUUCUGGCGCCGGCUGGAGAGGCAUGGGCUAAAGAAGCCGUCUUCUCGCCAUAUUACCAUGACACGGGCUACAUCGUCGCAGGCUCGCCUCCUGAAACUAGCUGGAUCGAGAGCUUCGUCAAGAGAUGGAACUCCCAAACCCAUUGUAGGCAUCACGAUACUGGAGACACCCGGAGCAGGCAGUAUUAGAAGGAUGGCUGGCGCUGGGGCAUAAGCAGUUGAAUGCUGACCUUGAAAGCAAACCACACCGCUCGGAAUCAAUAAUCCAAAAUAACGGUGAACCAAUUGCCUACUAGUCCCACAUGUGUAUACUGAAUUUUGUACGAUAAUACCUAUUAAAUUGACUAUUAUGGCAUGCAGAAGAGAGGGG